AUUGGGAAAAUACAAACUUUAAACACAGCCUCUUGUACAGAACAGAUAUUUACUUCACUGGGUGUUGGUUCUGCUCAUGGUAACCUAACAGUCUCUGGCCAUGUACCCGUACCACCGACGGGGAGAGCCAAAACCACUGUGCCAUCAAGAAUUAACCGCUUUACAAUGCGCCCAGAAGGGAGUGCCACGCAGCCGUCUCCUUCCGGUUCUCAGGUGUCCGGUACGUUACAAAUGCAAAGCACAAAGAAUAUGCAAAAUAAUUCACUGCCAAAAUCCCCAAAAGAGAACGUAGAGGCUGAGGAUAGCCAACAGUUCCUCCAACCUGGUACAAAAGCCAAGGACGAAAGGACUGGAGAAAGACCUCACAAGUCCAGGAAGCUGAUAAUUACUGAGAAAUCUAACAACAAAGACCAUAAGAACCAAGAUCAGCCACAUUUGCAAAGGGAACAAAUACAAACAGAAAGAUCUCGCUUAACUAAGAGAAAAAGUGAUUGUGAGAGACCUCAUUCUACCAAAGAACUAAUCAUGGAAGCCAACUCAUCUGGGGACCAGCGACAUAGCUCGCCCGGAGAAAAGAAAAACCUUCAAAAUACUACAGCUUAUAGACAGGGACAGCACGGCAACAGUACAAGUAACGGAAUUGAGAUCUGCCAAUCCAUUCAUCCAGAGAAUUCCAUGAAAAGCAAGAACGUUGUACAGGAAACAAAAGACGAUCGGCCAAAAGCUGAUGUGGAUCCUCGUGGUCCUCAGCAACCUGCCACUCGGAAGGGAGACAUGCUUAGCGGGAUGAGGAAGAUCUUCUCCUCGUUUGGCCUGACCUCACGUCCCAGGCUGGAUCGAUUCCAGUCUUCCAGUUUAGAGCAGAUCUCUCACGCAGCUUCUAGGGACGUUUGCAUUGAUGGGGACAGCGAGUCAGGGACUGGAGUGGUGAAGCCUAUGGGUAUGAAGAAGAGUCCUUCGCUGCAGUCACUGAAACUGCAGAUGUCGCCGUUUCACUUGCCAAGAAAAGCAUCCUCUGUACAAAACUUGUUGGGGAAAUCGGACAGAUCUGCUGUUUAUGUGACCAGAGAUGACAAUACAGCGCCCAGACGUACCCUCAGUGUUGAAGACAUUGGAUCUCCUGCUAUGGCCCGAGUAGUGGGGAGAGUGGCAGAAAUUUACCCUGAUGGUACCCGCCUUUUAGAACUACAGCGGCCCCCAAGGGGUAGCUUUGGGUUUACUAUCUCCUCUGGAAAUGGAAGGCCAGAUUCAGGCAUAUAUGUCCAAGAAAUGAUUGAUGCCGACACUGCCAAGCUGUACUCUGGCCUCCUACGAGUGGGGGAUGAGAUUUUGGAACUCAACGGUACUAAAGUGUCUACUAUUGGGCCUGAACAGCUGAACAACAUCAUGACCCAGGAACCCACCUUGAAUCUACGUGUCUUGCACCAGAGAAGGACCAAGUGUUGAGAUGACAGAUUAACCGCCAAGUGUUCAUGAAACACUAAAUGUUUUGGUGGCCUAAAUCAAGCAAGAUCCUUGUCAGGUCCAACAUUUGUCCCGUGGAUCCUCAGGGAGACUAAACAUUUCUGUCUGGAGUAUCAGUGUCACUGUUUUUGUCUAAUGUUGAGUGUUUUUAUUUAAGGACUACUAUUCCUUUUAAGUUUCAGACGUCAUCACGGUUUCACAUGUACGUUUUUGAAGCCUGUGUUUGUUUACCAAACAAUAUUGCACAGUCUCGUGACAUAUUUUAUUUAACCGAUAUGACAGGUGUAG